GUGUUAUUCCUAUAGUGAUGGCAUCAGCUUCAGCAGAAUACCUAAUGUUUGAGGCUCCUAUAGCAGAAUAUUUGGGUGAAAGGGCCCUUACUGAAGUAGAGAUUGGAGAAAUUUCUGUAGUUGUGAGGAACACAUCAGGGGACUCCAUGAGCUCUGCAGUGAUCAGUGUGGAGCUGCGGAGACGCUAUAUCUUCUUUAUGACAUCAACUUAUUUUCCGACAAUGCUUUUGCUUCUUAUUGGCUAUGGGACACUUUAUAUUAGGCUUCAAAUGUUCCAGGUACGAUCAAUAAUGUCGCUGACAACUCUGCUGGUUCUUACCUCACUGUACACACAAACUGCUGCCAGCCUACCAAAAACCUCCUAUUUAAAGGCCAUAGAUGUGUGGCUUCUCUGCUGCAUCAUCAUCCUCGUCCUCAUCAUUGUUAGUCACAUCGUUACAGAUUUUGUGACAGAUUUUGAUACAACCAUCAAGGUUUUCCCAGCCAAGGCAGCAAUGUCACCAUCAUCCAGAAGAGAUAGGAAUUGUAACAUUCAGAACUUUGGGCCAAUGUUGAUUCAUCUCAUGAGAAUUCUUGUUCCUGUUAACUUCUUUAUUUUCAACAUCAUUUACUGGUUAUUUGUAUGUGCAGUUAUCUAAGAUGUAAGUGACUCCUUGCUAUGCCCGACUUGCUGAUAUGAUAUAAAUUAUCUCCAGUAGGUACUGUAUUAAACAUGAACUGAUAAUCAUUCGGAU